CAGCCCCGGAUCCCCGCCCCGUCCGACCCCGUCUCCCUGCAACGACCCAGCCACCAGCACUGAGCGCCAUGCUGGGCGCCGCCCGCUGGAGCCCCCCGGCCCUCGAGCCGCUGCCGCCGGGCGCCCUCCGCGGCCUCUACGCCUGGCUGGACGCGCUCCCGCUCAGCCGCCCCAAGCGCCACCUGGCCCGGGACUUCAGCGAUGGCGUGAUGCUGGCGGAGAUCGUGAAGCACUUCUGCCCCCGGCUCGUGGACCUGCACAACUACGUCCCCUCGAGCAACACUGACCAGAAGCUGGCCAACUGGAGCACACUCAACAGGAAAGUCCUUCACAAGCUGCGUCUGGGCGUCUCCGAGGUGGACAUCCGCAGGGUGGUCUCCAACACGCCUGGGGCCGUGGAGCCCAUCCUGUGUGCACUGAGGGAGAAGGUGGAGGGGGGCGCCCUGGGCAGGAGCCCGCCCCCCGCGGCCACACGUGUGGGUCAGCAGGACCCAGGACCCUCCGGUGCCGGUGCCGACGGGCCGUGGGCAGCCUGCACCCACCAUGCUGGCCUGCCGAGCCCCACAGUACCCUGCUGCAGGAAGACCCUUCCAAGCCUGGGGGCCCUGGAGGAGACAGGCGGCUGCACUAGUGGAGGCUGGGACACGGCCAGGCAGCCCUCGCAGCACCAGGACCCCAGGGAGCAGCUGCUGGAGGACCAGGAGCAGGUGCUGGCCGUGCUGCAGGAGGCAGUGAAGGUGCCACGUGCCACACUCGGUUUGGUUAUUUGAAAAAUAAUUUAAUUACGGAAUCUUCCAUCCACACCCAGAAGCAGAGAGGAAAGCACACUGGACCCCAGGCACCCUCAGCCCCAAGCACCGGAGCACGGGGGCGCCGUUCAGUGUGGGAAGUGCGGGCGCCCGGGGCUGUGGGCCAGGGUGGGUGAGAGGCCCACCCGCCGCCUUGUCCCUCCUCUCGUCCCAGCCGGCAGAGGCCAUGCGUGCUGGGCUGGGACCCUUUGAGCCCCCUGGUUCUCUGGGUGCCUUCAGGCCUCAGGCCACCCCCCACCCCAGGCCCUGCCCUCCGUCCACGUGCCAGGGUCCCUGGUGCACUGGGCCCCCUGGGCCCCUCCACGGGAUCCUGGGCGUCCCCACCCCCCGUGGCAGCACGGGCUGUGGUGCUCAGACCCCACAACAGUGCACGGGAGCGGGGGGCGCGGGGGCACCCUUGCAGAUGUGCCUGGGGUUGAGGGCUAUGCUGGGAUUGGGGUGUCCUUGAUGAGCGGGGGCAGCAGACGAAGCAAUAAGAAGUGAGGCUGCCACCUUGGCAAGCCCACCCAUGGCCUCGCGGUGCCCGCGGUGUGGCCCUUGUCUAUGGGCUGACAACCGAGUGACAUCAGCGGGAGCUGCCGACCCACUUCGGGUGGAGACCAGUCGUGGGCCUUGCGUGUCCACCCCCUGGUCCCUGUGUGAGUCGUUGGUGCCCAGGCAGAGCUGGGGGUGGUCCUGUGUCCUGGCCGAGCCGCAGAGCUGGGCACAGUGUGGCGCGAGUGGCCGGCCAGGAGGGGCAAGGCCCUCUCUCGGCAGCCUGAGGCCGGCAGGGGCUGGGUCUGCGGGGCGGCUGUGGUCUUCGGCACGUGGGGCCAUCAGGCCCUGGCUUCCCCCAGGCUGUUGGGGGCAGGUCAGUUUCCUUGGGGUCGGGCUCCCCCGUCUCUCCUCGCCAGGGGCACUUCCAGCGGGGUGGUUGCUGCCUGGUCCCCGAGAAGGGCAAGCUGGGGGAGGGGGGUGGCGCGGACACCCUUGGCCUGAGCCCGGGCUGCUGGCCUUUAGACGCAGCAGCACCCACUGGCCCCUUGCUGCCUCCUCUGCGUCGUGGCCACUCGCCUGGGCCGGGCAGCCCCUGGGGACCCGGGCAGCUGGCAGAGGCCUUUGGUGGGCAAGUGCCCCCGGGUGCUCCUGAGGGGAAAUUCUGCAGGAAUUCUUCUUCCUGAAGAUUCUGCAGAUGAAGGUGGUGAAGCUAGAGCGCCUGGUGAAGCUGAAGGACGCGAGGAUCGCAGAGCUGAUGAGACAAGGGGCCGCGCCCCAGUGAUGCAAGAGACUCGGGGGGCAGAAAGGGAUCCUGCACUCCCUGGCGCCGCGUCCCCACAGACCCCCUGGCCCCAAGUUGCAGCCCGGCCCUCUCCCACCCCGGGCUUUCCUAUCGCUGGGUUGGAGCCAAUAAAGCCCUGGCAAUCAA